CACGUCUCCCGCUUUCAAGUUGAUGUGUGACUCGAUAAAAGACGUGAAGGGGAUGGCUGAGCCGUACUCUCUUACCGGCUCACUUCCCCUGGUGCAUGAUAUGCAGUCUGAGGGUUUCGAUAUUCAACUCAUCGGUUUCGGACUCAUGUCCACCUACCACGCAGACAAUGAGUACUGCUCGUUGAAUGAUAUGAAAGAUGCAGCGAGGAUCUUGGCGACGCUCAUAGCGAAGUUUGACCUGCGUUGAGGGAAGUUGACAGAGAAGACUCAGAUCCUAUCAGAGCCAAACAAGCAGACAAGCUAAGACCUUCGUACGAAGGUAGUAGAUAGACCUUUCUACAAGACUUAACGUUAUCUGCUCGCGUUACUUCACGCACCUGCAGACCGCUUGACACCGAGGCGAGCGUGACCGUCCAUGCGUUGCAUGUCGACCAUCCCGUGCGUACAGCCCUUGACCUGGACAAAGGGUCACACUGGGAACAGCACACUAAGAGUGACGAAGAGCUGCCGGCCAACUCGCAAGAUGGAUUUUCCCUUGGGAGCGACCGCUUCGACGGUCAACCUCCCGGAGACGGUUCUCAGCUGGGACGAGCUCAAAGGGAUCGCCGCGAGCACGGAGACGGGAAAGAAGAUUGCCGAAGAGGAGAAACUGCGUUCUCAAGGUGAAGGUUCUCCACACGUGACAGCCAAGCUGCGACUUUUUGGUGCGUCUGAAGAUGAUGUUAGGGUUACGUUAUACAGAGACCACGCAGGUUGGUGUCCUUAUUGUCAGAAAGUAUGGAUGAUGCUCGAGGAGAAGAAGGUUCCGUAUCGAAUAGAGCGGAUCAACAUGAGGUCUUAUGGUGAGAAGCCUGCUUGGUUCCUCAAGAAGGUGCCUUCCGGGUUGCUUCCUGUCCUAGAGCUGGACGGAAAGAUCAUCACAGAGUCUCUUGUCAUAAUGCAGAUUAUUGAACAGACGUUUCCUGACAUUCCGAUGAUUCCGGAGGAACACUUUGACCGUGCCAACACACUGCUUCGUCUGGAGAGGCAGCUGUUCUCUGAUUGGUGUGGACUCGUGUUUCGCCCUUCAGGACCGGGACCGUUUGGCGGUGGAGCUAGGAAGCAAUUCGAGGAAACGUUUGACAAGGUAAAUGCAGCGUUGGGAGAAUUACCGGGACCCUGGUUCCUGGGCGGUGACACUCCAUCUAUUGUUGAUUUGCAGUACGUAUCACACGUUGAACGGAUGAAUGCAUCUUGCCUGUACUGGAAAGGACUCCAACUCCGUUCCACCGAACGUUGGGCAAACAUAGAAAGAUGGUUUGCAGCUUUCGAAGAGAGGCCUUCUUACGUGGCUACAAAAUCAGAUUACUACACUCACGUGAUGGACAUACCUCCCCAGUACGGGCCGGGAUAUUCAGACUCUAGUGAUGAGGUCAAGGAAGCACAGUUGAAGAUUGAUGGGCAUGCUACCUGGAGACUUCCUCUGAGUCUGUCCUCCAGUGAUGCGGAACCUCUACCCGAUUCAAUGAACCCCGGGGAUGAGGCUGCUCGCCAUGAGGCGGCUUACAAACUCAUUUCAAACUACGAUGCAGUCGUCAAGUUUUGCUGCCGAGGCAUGGGUGAGCGAGGAGCUAAGCAGUUUGGAGCUCCCCUGGCAGACCCUACUGCGGUGCCAAACCUGAACUAUAAGGAAAAGGUGGACAAGUUGCUGCGUACCACCGUUCUUUUGUUGCUCGAUGGAUCUGCCGGUGUCUCCACGGGUGAGACAAGCGAGGAAGGGAAGGAUGUGGCGUCAUGUCUCGCCUACCUUCGCGACCGUAUCGGCGUCCCACGUGACAUGUCUUAUCCUGCAGCCAUGACACUGCGCGCCCACCUGAACUAUGUUAUUGACGCGAUUUAGGUCAUGUUCGUGCGGCCAAAAGCAGUGACGCUCUAUUUAGGCUUGAUUCAAUAUGCAACCGAACCAGCGCGUUUAAGCUUC